AUGCCCACACAUUUGUGGGCGAAUUUUGUGACUUCUUUGGAGUCCCGCUCCGUUUCCUUCCAGCAGGUGCAGCAUGCAACUGACCGGCGAGCUGUUAUUGUUGAGGCAGGCUUCACUGACCCCAUCAGUAUUGCCAUCUUGGAAACGGAGUGGCUGAAGCGUUGCACAGACAGUGCCUCUUCUUCUGUUGCUGCUGCUACUGCUGCAAACAAAGCUGUGGGUGUGGCGGCUCCUGUAGCGGCGGCCUCCACCUUGUCAUAUCCUCACUUUGAGGAUUAUACCAAGCUGGAGGAUGUGCCGGAGGAGAUCCAGGACCGCGUUGUGACGGCGGAUGUACUUGCCGCGGUUGUUGGUCACGGUGGAUCCCUCCUUCAGGCCUCGCGAGAUGGUUUUGUAGUAUCACGCUACGUGCCCGUGUCGAUGCGUAGCUUGUGCAAGACGAUCAUCCCUGUCGCGGAUGCCUUUGUUGCACUCCACAGGAUGGAGCGGGCUGAGUACAUGGGGAAAAGUCUUGUGGCGAUGGCUCUUGGAGAGGUAGUGUCGGAAGUCUGUACCAGCUUUGCCCAUGAGAUGGCCAAUCUGCAGCGUUGGACACAAGGUAGGGCGAUGCCACUUAUGGGCGUCGUCUCGGAAGUGAUGCGAGCGGGGCAUCACAUUGUGCGACUGCGUCAGUUGCUUCCCACUGACACUAUCAUAGACGAGGAGGGGACGCUGUCAAUGGCGGGGUGGCGACUUUUAAAUCACCUCCACGAACAGUCAGAGAAGUGUUCGGGUAGCAGAGAAGAUGAUGAGCUGCUUAUCUUGCUGCUUCGUCGAGCAUUGAUGCCGUACCUGCGCGUCCUGCAUCGAUGGAUGCAUGAGGGGUUGUUAGAAGAUCCGUAUGGGGAAUUUUUUAUCUCCGAGGCCCAACCACUGCCCGGCACGACAUCAACGUCGACGACGUUAACUGUAAGUAGCCCCAAUGGCACGAGGAACAUGGUGAGUCGCAUUUUCCCAAAUUAUACUGCCACAGAUGAUUGUGGUGGCGCAGUAUCUGAGGAGGCAAUUGCGUUUGAGCGGCGCUUCUCCAUUAAUAGAAACAUGAUCCCGAACUUCCUUUUGAAACCCUCUAAGAUUGCAAAAAUGGUCUUUUACGCGGGCAAGUAUUGUUGCCUUCUACGUGAGUACAACGGGACUCUUCCUGCGUUUGGGGAUGUGGCGGAGCAUAUGCUCGUUUGGUCGGGGAAUGACAAGCUACAUCGCAAAAUUGAGGAGUCGUAUGAAAUUUCCAGCGGUGAGGUGCUUCGUCUCUUUCUGGGGUCUCAGGUGGAUCUGCUAGGUCACCUGACCUCCCUGAAGAGCUACUUUCUGCACCAGCGUGGGGAUUGGUUGGUUGACUUCCUUGACAGCGCUGAGGAACUUUUGGUUAAGUCACCGGUACAAGUCAAGGUGCACUCGCUGCGGGUCUUGCUUCAAGCAGCGAUUGCAAGAUGUUGUGGGACGGACCCGUAUCACAGUAUCAUUGGCUGCAGCUUUUCGGAUAGCACCAUUGAGCAGUACGUCAACGGCUCUUUUGAACACAACACAGACGAGGUGGUCCCUCGCGGGUCGUGUGGUAGACGAAGUGCCAUGCGCAUAGAAACGCAUCGUUGCAUUGAACUGCUUCAACUAGAGGCCUAUCUCAAAUGGCCCCUCACGAUGGUCUUGGACGCUGCCGUUUUGAGGCGCUUAAAUGUAGUAUUUCGUCUCUUUACGUGUCUAAAAAUUUGUGAACGUAAUCUUACCACGGCGUGGACUGACGUAGACGUCCCCCAUCAGUCCUUCCAGGCGUAUAGCAUCAAACAUCAACUUAUUCAGUUUAUCCGGCAGUUUCAGUUUUAUGCCGCACAUUUUGUUGUGGAGCCGCUGUGGGGUCGCAUGAUGGGUCGCAUCGGCCAGGCGGACAGCGUUUUUGCUGUCAACAAUGCCUUGCAAGACUUCUUUGAGGGAGUUGAACUUGGCCUGGUGCUCGCCAGCUCUCACCGCUUUCGAAGCUUGUCGCGAAUUUUGGAGAUUGCAUCCAGUUUUACUGAGAUGGGUCGACGAGAGGUAUCAUCACAGCUUAGUGCGGAGCAGGUGAGGGAGACGUUGAAGGGUGCAGAGGAGCGGUUUUUGAAGGCCCUCUCUGAGCUCGCCUCGCCGGUGGGCACGGACUACCCACAGCUCAUUCCACUUUUGACAUGGAUCGACUUUAGCGGCUUUUACGACCGCAACGGCGUGUACCGCGUGCUUUACUCGGCGGGGAUAUCGGCGGAAACAAUGAGCACCGUAAGUACAGACCGACAUCGGCGGUAG